GAUUCUCUGAAGACACUGAGGGAGAAUAGGAGCAGAGGGGCGAUUGAGAGGUUCGCGGCUCAGAGGUGCCGAGACAGCGCCGGGGGCAGUUGCCGGACGGCCGAGUGGGCGUGUCGAGUCGGAGUCAGUGGACGAACUCUCUACUCCGACUCCGCGACUUGCACCACCUCCUUCUGAGCUCAGAGUCGUCCGUUGUCUCUACCGAACUUACACAUCCUCUGCACCCGCGUGCCGACGCUCGUCGUGGUGUGUACUGGUGGUAUCAGCAAUGAACGGAAUGCAUGACAACCACAAGCGUACCUCCAUCAGCCAACUCCUCAACCCAUCCUCCGACUCUUCUGCCUAUUCCCAUGCUCCUCAUCUCCCAAGUCUCUCGUCUGGCCCCGGCGUGCCCCCAUAUCAACAUCCUCAGCAUCCCCACCACGCACAGUACCCCCAACAUCCCGGCACUGCUUCCUCCUUUCACCUGCGCGCGGCAAGUUGGGGACCCGUCAACGAUGAUCAGUCUGGAACGAAACGCAGGCCCGAAACCGGGCUGCCUCUUCCUGCCCGUCCAUACCCUAUGCAGCCGCACAUGUAUCCUGAGAUGAAUGGUGGUGACAUGCAAAGCAGACAGGUUCGCCCGCGAAUGGAGGACAGUGGGCCUUACCCCAUGUCCGGCAACCCGUGGCCACAUCCUCAGCCAGAGAUGUCAAACGUCCACUAUGGCCCCCCUGCUGUGACCCCGAUGUACUCGGACGAACGAACUGAUCAAUUUCCACAAUCCUCUCAGCAACAACAAUUGCAUCCUAUGAGUUCUCACCCCCAUGGUGCUUUACAGAAUGCUGAAAGGGCCUCCGUUCGUCUAGCAGCUGCACGAUAUACCCUACCUGCACAGCCCAUGUACGAAAUGGGUGCAUUGGUGCACGCACCACCUGCAAUGUUCCCUGCCAUGCUGUACUCGCAUCAUCCUCCCCCAACCCAGGUACAGAAGCGCCCCUCUACUGAAGCCGACGAUCCUCCUUCCAAAUCCAAGAAGGCAAGAACGAAAUCGAAAGCUGGCGAUGGGAAUGCGCCUUCGAAACGUGGAUACAAUGCCAAAAAGAGGAGUGAGGCAGCUCAGAUUGCUGCUCAAAAUGCACAACUCAUGCCAGCCAUCCCCUAUGUUGUCGCUCCUGGAGAUAAGGGAAAGGAGAGGGUAGGAGGUGGAAUGCUCUUCGUCAUGGCGACCAAUGGCGCGCAAGGUGACCCAUCAACUAUGACAACGGAGCUCCAGUUUGCUCGGUGCAUGUCAAAUCGAUAUAGGGCGGAACAAUUCCCACGCUGCGUAUCUUGUACACGACGCUGGGCCGGAGACACAUGCAGAUUCCAGGGUAUUCGUUAUUUCCUCAGGGACGACCAACGGAAUAUCCAGUAUGUCAGCUUUGUGGAGAACCUUAAGCCAGAUGCACCAAAUAUGAAUAUCCCUGGUCAAUGGAACGUUCCGUUGACUGCUACACAUAUACGGCGGAUAAAGAGAACUGUCGCUCAGGCUUUGUUGCCAACUCUCCGUAAGGAGUUGGGGCACCUUGCUGUCCAUGAGUUAAUACGGCGGACGCGAGAGAGCGAAGUCCGGGCCACGUGCGAUACGUGCAUGACUUCAAUAUUUUCGUGUAGUUGGAUGUGCCGACUAUGCGGUCGCGAAGCGUGUGCGGAAUGCUUUGAACAAGUCAGGGAGUUGACCGAAGACCGACCAGGUGCCACACAGGCGGAGAUCGCUACCCUUCAAGCACGACGAGAAAAGCAUGCACAUUCGAAUCCGUUCUUCUUGUCCUGCACAAGAAGGAAUGAGCACGUUUUCAAAGAUUUCUCUCCUAUGACGCGAUUCUGCCAGACGGAGCUCGAGGAGGCGAUAAAGGAGAUGGAAGAGUUGCUACAGCAGCCAGAUGUCGAUGCACUACCCAAUGUGGGAGCUAUUGAUCCAACCUUGCAGAACGGCAUGGACGAAACUACAAAGACAACUGAUACCGGACAGUGCGCCGAUGCAUCUGGUAAUGAAGCACAUGGUGUAACGAGUUCGCCCCAGGUAGGCACUGUCAACGGGGAUGCUCAGGGAGCAGAAGGGACAACGCUGGUCUGCGCCAAUGCAGGCCAGUCGGGGAUCUCUCUGGAUACAGACUCGCAACAAGAGGGUCCUGGUGGCUCUCCCGACAUACCGUCAUACCCAACUGACGUCUUUCGAUCGCUUUGGGUGAAAGGAGAGCCCCUUGUAGUUACUGGAAUCCUUCCUAAGUUCCAGAUUCAGUGGACACCCGAGUACUUCGUGCAGAAGUACAAUUCGCAGAGUUGCCUGAUCCUUGAGUGCCAAACCGAUAUCAACAGAAGGGUCACUGUGGGCGAAUUUUUCUCUCAGUUCGGGGAAUACCAGGGUAGAACAGAAUGUUGGAAGUUGAAGGACUGGCCUCCGUCGACUGACUUCAAGACGGCGUUCCCCGAACUCUACGAAGACUUCAGCAGAGCUGUACCGGUACCUAGUUAUUCUAGACGUGAUGGAGCACUAAACAUCGCUUCGCACUUCCCAAUUAACACGGUAGCUCCAGACCUUGGACCCAAGAUGUACAACGCGAUGGCGUCGUCCGAGUCUCCUGGGAGCAAAGGCUCGACACGCUUGCACAUGGAUAUGGCAGAUGCUUUGAACAUCAUGACGUAUACUGCACCAACUCCAGACGGAAAACCAGGCUGUGCGGCAUGGGACUUGUUCCGUGCUAGUGACUCCCCUAAACUGCGCCAAUUCUUGCGGCGGAAGUUCAAGGCCACUAACUAUCAGCAUGAUCCAAUACACUCACAGCAAUUUUAUUUGGAUAGUCAAUUGAGGAAGGAGCUGUUUGAUACAUUCGGAGUAAAAAGUCAUAGAGUUUAUCAAAAACCAGGGGAGGCCGUGUUUAUACCCGCCGGGUGCGCCCAUCAGGUCUGUAAUCUGGCUGACUGCGUGAAAGUUGCAAUCGACUUCGUCAGCCCGGAGAACAUUGCUCGAUGCGAACAACUUACUAAAGAAUUCCGAGAACAGAACCAGUCGAUGGCGUGGAAAGAGGAUGUCCUACAGCUGCGCACCAUGAUGUGGUAUGCAUGGCUAUCUUGUUGCCGACAGGAGAAGGAGAUGAAUGAAAUUUAACGCGAGUUCAUUCAUCGUUCGUCUUUCUUCGAGGAAGGAUGGAUCACCUUUUUGGAUUGUAUGAUAAGUAUAACAAUUUGCUUGCUUGCAAGGUUGGAGGGAGCGCUGGUUAAGCCACGCAGGGAGAACAGGAUUUGCAAACUAAUGCCGCAUCUGCUUUCUUGUGUACAUGCACGCACUACCUUACUUGUAGCCUUUGAAUGCAGCGAUAUGAUUUCGUUCUGUAGAAAGAUAUACAAUAUACUGCGGAUCUGACGGGAGAAAUACAUCGUAAUAUUCCUGGACGUUGUUAGGCC